AGAGAGAGAGAGAGGCAUGCAGGAAGAGUGCGGCUGAAUGUGGAAGACAUGUCGACAGUCAGCCUGUAAAAAAGUCAUCUUCCGGUCGUUCCCCGGAUUCUUUGGCGGAUGAGGGCCCGACGCCGGGCCGUAGCCUCCGGCCGCCGCCGCCGCUGCUGCUGCUGCUGCUGCUGAGCUGAGGGGAGGGAGAAGCGGCGCCGAGGAUGCAGUGGGUCACCCUGGCCGUGGCCCUGGGGUGCGCGCGUCUGGCCCGGGCGUCGCACGGCCCCACCCCCACCCCCACCUCCACGCACACCCCCCUGGUGGACAACUCCGAGGAGGAAGUGGACGAGCCCUGCUUCGAGCCGUGCGCGUGCGAGGUGAAGGAAGGCGUGCUGCACGUGCACUGCGAUGGGCGGGGCUUCACCAACGGCAGCCAGGUGUCACAGUCGUGGGUCCGCCCUUUCAAACUCAACCUCCAGAGGAACUCGCUGAGGCGUCUCUAUAGCAACGGGUUCCAGCACCUUGGCAACGCCGUGUCGAUAAACCUGGGCAACAACGCGCUGCAGGACAUCCGGGUGGGCGCCUUCAACGGCCUGGCCAAGCUGAGGCGCCUCUACCUGCACGAGAACAAGCUGGAGGUCUUCAGGAACGACACCUUCGCCGGCUUAGAGGCUCUGGAGUACCUCCAGGCCGACUACAACGUGAUCAAACGCAUCGACAGCGGUGCUCUGAGGUUCCUCUACAAGCUCCGUGUUCUGAUCCUGAAUGACAACCUGAUCCCCGUCUUGCCUGCGCAUCUCUUCAGAUCUGUGUCGCUGACUCACCUGGACCUGCGGGGAAACCGUCUUAAGAGUCUGGCAUACGCCGGGACCCUGGAGUAUGUGGGCCGCUCCCUGAUGGAGAUCCAGCUGGAGGAGAACCCUUGGAACUGUGGCUGCGAGGCGGUCCAGCUCCAGCGGUGGCUGGGUCAGAUCCCGUACACAGCAGUGGUGGGGGACGUCACCUGUGAGUAUCCCUUCCACCUCCACGGCAAGGACCUGAGGGAGAUCCCUCGCAAGGAACUGUGCACGGAUCUCCCGGAUAAAGAGUUGCAAGCGGAAGGCGGGAGACCGUCGGGGGGAACGCAGCCCCAGCAUUUGCCCCCUAACUCCAAGACCAACCCGGGGCGAGCCAGGCCGACGAAGCCCUCCUCCAUGGUGCACGGCUCCCGCCAGAACACCCACGCCUCGUCCACGUCGUCCUCUUCUUCUUCCGCAGAGCGCAGGGACAAGGAGAGGCACCCGCGGCCCACAAAGCGUCCCCGACCUUCCAGGACGCCCCCGACAUCUCGCAGCCCCAACCAGAACCCCCCCGUGGCCGGCUACCAGACCCGACCUCCCAUCCCCAUCAUUUGUCCCCUGGGCUGCACCUGCAACCUCCACAUCACCGACCUGGGCCUGACCGUCAACUGCAAGGACAACGGCUUCCUCAACGUGUCCCAGCUGACGCCGCGGCCGCUCAACGGACGCAAGCUGUACCUGAGCGGGAAUUUAAUCCAGAGGAUCUAUCGCAGCGACUUCUGGAAUUUCUCCAGCCUGGAUCUGCUUCACCUGGGGAGCAACCGCAUCUCCUACCUGCAGGAGGGGGCUUUCUCCAGCCUGACCAGCCUGAGGAGUCUCUACCUGAACGGCAACAACCUGGAGCGGCUCAGCCCCGACAUGUUUCUGGGCCUGCAGAGUCUAAGGUACCUUUACUUCGAGUACAACGAGAUCCGGGAGAUGGAGCGCGGCACCCUGGACUCCAUGCCGUCCCUCCAGCUGCUCUUCCUCAACGCCAACCUCCUGCGGAGCCUCCCGCCGGGGGUCUUCUCCGGGGUCAACCUGGCUCGCCUCAACCUGAGGAACAACCACCUGCUGCGGCUUCCGGCGGACGGCGUGCUGGAGCACCUCACCGGCUUGGUGCAGGUGGACCUGCAGCAGAACCCGUGGGAGUGCAGCUGCGAGGCGGCGCCGCUCAAGCGCUGGCUGGAGGGCCUGAGCGCCGUGGUAGUGGUGGGGGAGGUGGUGUGCCACUCCCCGGACAAGACCAAGGGCGUCGACCUGCGCUCGAUCUCCAUGGAGCUGCUGUGCCCCGAGCUGGAGCCCCAGGAGGACCAGGAGCACCAGACGGUCACCCCCGUGGUGCCAGACCGAGGCGUGCCGCUCGGCUACCCCAACUCGGGGCCUCUAGUCCCCCCGGGGAAGGAGUCGAUCCCGCUAUCGGUGCUGGUGCUCAGCCUGCUGGUGUUGUUCGUCUCGGCGUUCUUCGCGGCGGCGGCGCUGAUCGCCUACACCUUGAGGAGGAGGGACAAGCUGCCGUUCCGCCGCCAGGGAGAGGUGGACUUGGCCGGCAUCCAGAUGGAGUGCGGGAUCUUCACCGAGCAGACGCACCACCACCACCACCACCACCACCACGGCCUGGCCGGGACGCCCACCCUGCCCGCGCCGGAGCACAACCACGUCUAUGACACUAUCUCGCCCCCGGGGGCCGCGUCCAAAGCCCCCGGAUCCGCGGCGUCCCCGCAUGUCUACAAAGAGGGUCAGGGCGCGGCUGCGAAGGCGAAACAACACCCGAGCUACUGCUCUCCCGCCGACAAGGACAGGGAGUGGACCCUGCAGGUAACCUCGUCCCCCAUUAGCACCGUCGCCGGGGCGAUGGGGCGACUCGCCGGCCUGCACGAAAACGGCAUCCUGUGCCCCACUGUCAUCGACAGCCAGGGCCCGACUCCUAAAGUGGAGCUGGUGGACUGCCUGUUCCGACUCCCUACCCCGGAGUUCAGAGACAUGUCCGAUCGCUACGCCAGGCCGCCGCCCCGCUACCCCCACCCCCAGGAGUCCUCCCAGGACGCCCAGACGGUGGUGGUCACGACAACCUCCGCCGCCGGCGCAAACAGCGAUCAGGGGGGCGAUCAGGGCGCCAGACUGAUGACUACGCCGGACUACAUGGAGGUCCUGGACCGCUCUUAUCAGUUUUAGCACUCAUCUC